AGACCACAGCCUGCUUUAUGCUCUCUGAGACUCCACGCUCAUCGGACUGGGUAUAUAGACACAAGUGAUAAUGUAUUCCUCGUGCAUGUGCUCUCAUAAUUUCAUUCCUUGAAACGGAUUCAGAAAAAAGGACGACUUGUUAUUCUACACUGACAUUUGGUGAUAAUGACGAAAUAAACCACUUCCUGAUCACUCAACCUUCACAAACUGUCUCAAACCCCCACGGACACCUUCAAACUCGCAGUUUUGCACCAUCAAAGUAAAAAAAACAGUGACGUUUUCCCCGCCAGACGUCGGUCUUUGCCCUUCCAGCCUGCCAACUACAAAGACUUCCACCCCCUCGCCCCUUGUUUGCUUUAUCAAAUGCCCAAAAACAGCAAGGCCGUCAAGAGAGAGCUUGACGACGAUGUCACAGAGUCUGUCAAGGACCUGCUUUCCAACGAGGACGCCUGUGACGAUUCCUUCAAGAAGAGCUCGCUGAUCGUCAACAACCAUGAGGGGGAAGGGAAAGAGUGCGAUGUCGAGGAAGGGGGCUCGGACGGAGAGGAGGAGGAGCGGCCGGCCUGGAACAGCAAGCUCCAGUACAUCCUGGCCCAGGUUGGCUUCUCUGUAGGCCUGGGCAACGUCUGGAGGUUCCCCUACCUGUGUCAGAAGAACGGAGGGGGAGCGUACCUGGUGCCCUACCUCAUCCUGCUGAUAUUGAUCGGCAUCCCGCUGUUCUUCCUGGAGCUCGCCGUGGGACAGCGGAUCCGCAGAGGCAGCAUCGGGGUGUGGAACUACAUCAGCCCUCGGCUGGGGGGCAUCGGCUUCGCCAGCUGUGUGGUGUGCUUCUUCGUGGCUCUCUACUACAAUGUCAUCAUCAGCUGGAGUCUCUUCUACUUCUCCCAGUCCUUCCAGCAACCUCUGCCAUGGCACGAGUGUCCACUGGUCAAGAGCAAGAACACUACAUAUGUGGUGCCGGAGUGCGAGAAGAGCUCGGCCACCACCUACUACUGGUACCGCGAGGCCCUGAACAUCUCUGACAGCAUCUCUGAGGGCGGAGGACUCAACUGGAAGAUGACUCUGUGCCUGCUGGCUGCCUGGUCUAUAGUUUGCCUCGCCAUGAUCAAGGGAAUCCAGUCUUCUGGGAAGGUGAUGUACUUUAGCUCCCUGUUCCCGUACGUCGUGCUGCUCUGCUUCCUGGUUCGAGCUCUGCUCCUGAAGGGCUCCGUAGACGGGAUUCGACACAUGUUCACACCCAAGUUGGAGAUCAUGUUGGAGGCCAAAGUGUGGCGAGAGGCGGCCACGCAGGUCUUCUUCGCCCUGGGCCUCGGCUUCGGCGGCGUCAUCGCCUUCUCCAGCUACAACAAGCGGGACAACAACUGCCACUUCGACGCCGUCUUGGUGUCUUUAAUCAACUUCUUCACCUCCGUGCUGGCCACCCUUGUGGUGUUCGCAGUGCUGGGCUUCAAAGCCAACAUCAUGAACAGCAAAUGCAUCGCACUGAACACCAACAAGAUAGCGGAUUUGUUGGGAAAUGGCAUUGAAGAGAGCCUGAUCCCCCAUCACAUCAACCUCUCUCAGGUCAGCGAGGUCAGUGCUGAGGACUACCAUCGGAUGAUAGAGAUCAUCAAAGGGGUGAAGGAGGACCAGUUCGAACAACUGGGACUGGAGGCCUGCAGCAUUGAGGCCGAGCUCAAUAAGGCGGUCCAAGGCACAGGCUUGGCCUUCAUCGCCUUCACAGAGGCCAUGACCCACUUCCCAGCCUCGCCCUUCUGGUCCGUCAUGUUCUUCCUCAUGCUGGUUAACCUCGGCCUGGGCAGCAUGUUCGGCACCAUCGAGGGCAUCCUCACGCCGCUGAUAGACACUUUCAAAGUCCGCAAGGAGUUUCUUACAGUGGGAUGCUGCGUGUUGGCCUUCUCCAUCGGUCUCCUGUUUGUUCAGCGCUCAGGGAACUACUUUGUGGCCAUGUUCGACGACUACUCGGCUACUCUGCCUCUGCUCAUAGUGGUCGUACUGGAGAACGUGGCGGUCGCUUGGGUCUACGGGAUUGAUAAAUUCUUUGAAGACCUGAAGGACAUGCUGGGCUUCACGCCGUACCGUUUCUACUACUACAUGUGGAAGUACAUCACGCCCAUCCUGCUGCUGGUCCUCCUGUGCGCCAGCUUCAUCCAGCUGUCCAUGACGCCGCCCAGCUACAGUGCCUGGAUACAGGAAGAGGCCAAAGAGCAGACCGUGGACUUCCCUCCAUGGGGCAUCGCGGUCUGCAUCUCCCUGGUGGUGAUCGCCAUCCUGCCCGUGCCCGUCGUCUUCUUCCUGCGCUACUUCAACAUCAUCGACGACAGCGCCAGCGGCCUCUCUAGCGUCUCCUACAAGAAGGGCCGCAUCAUCAAGGAGACCGCCCGGCCGGGGGAGGACGACGACACCAGCCUGAUCCAAGGCAAGUCGCCCAGCGAGGCGCCCUCGCCGAUGCCCGGCAACAGCAUCUACCGCAAGCAGAGCGGUGGUGUCGGCACUGACGCGGACACCGCACCCAACGGCCGUUACGGUAUCGGUUACUUGAUGGCCGACAUGCCGGACAUGCCCGAGUCGGACUUAUAGACUGACUAUAGUAAGCCCUGCCCGGCCACUCCGGCUGGCCACUCCUCCCCUCCACCCCUCUGCGUGCGUUUAGUUGGCCGUAUCAUACAUGUAUAUUUCACUUGUACUGUAUAUUCUUUGUAGAUAUCGUAGCUGCUAUCUUAUUUGUCGUCUCUGAACCUUAUAUGACUGUCCACCUUUAAAAAAAAAGGUGUGGGAAUAACUGUCAUCCUUGUCUAAACCCCCUUCACCCAUUUGCUUGGCUGUGUCCCAAACUCAUCUCUAGCUCCUGCUCCCUCCUCCUUUGCUCCCUCCUCCUUGUAGAUGCAAUAAGGUGGACACUCCACAAGGCCUACUUGAACAAGAAUCUGCAAAGAGGAGUGUGCAAAGGAGAAGGGUUAGAGAGGGGUCAAGAGGUCAUCUUUGGGACCAUACCUGUGUCUGUGGGCAGUGUAAAUCAAGCCAGCUUCGAGUCCUGCUGUAAAAUACGGUUGUGUACAUUAUGACCCCUAACUAGUCCUGAGAUUAGUAGCAGUUUAGCCGCUCUGGAUGGCGUAACGAUGCAAGAGUUUUCUUGGUGAAAGUUCAGGUCAGUUCAAACAGCGAGAGGAUGGCCUUUGAAAACCACUCCCAUGAUUGUUUGCGACAAAAGUGUGCCUAAGUAAUUUAUAUUUGUUUAUAGAAUACAUGAUGGAUGUUGUAUAUUUAAGGUAUUCUGUAAAUAUAAUAUAAAUAUUAUAAAUAUAUUUAUCUUAAUAGUUUGGAUAUCAGAACACCAUGUUUUUAAGGUUCAGAAGUACUUCAAAUCCUUAACUCUUGUGUCUUUGUUUUUUACUAAUGUGCUGUCAAUGUUUGUGAGGACUGUGAGUCCUCCUUGUACAUAAUUUUUCCAUGAAAUGGCUUCAAAUGCAAUGUCUUUUUUUCCCCGUCAAGAUUAAAGAUCAAAUAUGGUCCAUU